AUGGUCGUCGUCAGCGAUCUGCCCUGCGAGAUCAUCGCCCAAAUUCUCGAAAACCUUGGUCACGUCAGAGCCCUCUCACCUGUCAGGCUCGCCUGCCGACAUUUUGACGUUUCUUUCCGCGAGCAUAGGACCCGAGUAUUGCGAGGUUUGCUUCGAACCCAAAUCCAUGGGGAUAUACUCCCAUAUGCCAUCGCUCUGGAAAUAGAGAAGCCAGCUCUUGGCUCGUCCGCUCUUACCAGCUUCAUUCAGACCCUCUAUGACAGACCACAAGACAUUUGCAGUCGCCUAGGUCAGCUUUCAGUCGAGAAGCUCUACUCCAUCUCGCGCACACAUGAAGCAAUCAAGACGCUUGCUACCGAAUUCUCACAGCUUGCCUGGUUCUUCGCUUUGGCAACCCCCUCCCAGUCUGGAUAUGCAUUGCCUGGAUAUGCACUACCCCAGGCCUCUAUUUCCGCCACAGAGAACGUCCGAAUUUUUCGUGCCUUCUAUCGUGUAGAAUUGUUUCUCAGAUUGUAUGGGCAAAUUCUUCCUGUAUCUGAGGUCCCACGAAAAGACGGCCCUGUCUGGUUCUACGGGCAGCAUAAUCCUUGGGAAUGCCAACAAAACUUGGCCGUCUACGAAUUCCUGGACGACACCGUUAUGCUUGUCUCCAGCAGGUUUGGUACAUCAUCUAUGAGUAGCGAUGAGUCUAAGCUAUUCCACGAGCUCUCGAUGACACAAGGUGUAAGGCUUAUUAGCCAUGUCAGAGAAAAGUUCCCCAUUUCUUUAUCCGAGCAGGAAAUGAUAUCGGUCUUUGAGAACAUGCUGCAAGAGCCCUGGCUUGAUGUGGAUUCACCAAGACAUGAUUGUGAUCUAUCAGAAUACAGUGACCACAAUGAUAGUCUAAUGACGGCGCUACCCAGAUCCAACCCCGAAUAUUCUCAUAGAGACAAUGCAGUAGAGAAUAAUUGGGCGGAAACUUACAGGCACCGGCAAGGGAUUCCAGAUGAGAUGCAGAUGCGCGAUCUCCGCAAGGCAGGCUUCGUAUUCUGGGACCAACCUUGCGAAGAGCGGAUUAUGUGCCCGAUGACAGCAAUAUUUGACCUGGUUUCCGCCCAGGCCGAAGAGUCUGGUUCGGAAAUUGAUUUUGAUGAGGACAUAUUUGUUGAUGAUGAUGGUGAUUAUGCUAGGGAGUUCGGGCUUUGA